AUGAAGAUGAUGAAGAAGCUCAAAUUUUGGUCAAGAAAGAAGAAGAAAAAGAAGGCAUUUUGCAUUGAUGAUUCCCCGCCACUGCCACCACCACCGACAUUCCAUUCACAGCGUUAUCAAUACUACUAUUACCCAAUUGAGCCCUCGGCUCCGCCUUUACCAAUAUCAUCCUCCUCCUCCUCCUCCUCGUCUUGGGUUGAAUAUGAUCAUCACAUCCAUGAAACCAUUUCUUUUACUUCUUCAACCCAAGCUCAAGUCCCUGUGUAUCCUCCUCCACAAGACAUCCACCGUGUUCCUGAAAUUAGCGCUCACGAUCCUGUGCCAUCUGCUUCUGAUGAAUCUGCUUCCUAUCAGCAGCAUACAGUGCAGAAUCCUGUUUACGGCGUCCCGAUUGUAUCUCAAGAAGCUAAGACAGAGAGCAGUGGAGGCGCUUUUGGAUGUGUGUUUACCAUUGGAGCUCACUUGUUUCGUUGCUUCUUCCCCUGUUUUCACAUUCAAGAAGUCAAUCGACAUGGAUUUUUGCAUUCUUCAAGCCACCAUGACUUGAAGAAGUUACUGUGA